AUCACAUCAGCAAAACUGCAUGACAGAUUACUUCGCUCAGUUGACCCAUGUAGUUGAAAACCAUCAACUGACGGUCGUUUUAUUUCAAGUGUAAUACAGUCUGUGUCAGGUUCAUUUGAAACGUGCUACUCUCAAGCGGAAAUGGUCGUGAAAAGCAAAGUGCCGGACGUUCACAUUCCUGAAGAUCUUUCGUGGCCACAGUUUGUAUUUCAAAACUUUGAAAACUACGGAGACAAGACGGCCAUUGUCGACGGACCAUCAGGCCGUUCGUACACUUUCCAGCAGCUAAUCCAGUUGACCAGAAAAUGCGGGUCGGCCCUUACAAAGAAAGGCUUCAAGAAGGGCGACGUUUUCGCCAUCAUGCUCCCAAACAUGCCAGAGUUUCCGUUAAUUUACUACAGUACUCUUUUAAUAGGAGGGAUCGUAACGACACUAAAUCCAUUGUAUACAGUGGACGAAAUCUCACACCAGCUCCGUGAUGCGGGAGCUACUUCUAUCAUAACAAUUCCACUGUUUGCAGACAAAGCCAAGCAGGGCGCUUCGAAUGUUGGAAUUAAUACAGUGUACGUUGUCGGAGAGGCCGAAAAUUGUGAGUCACUUUCGUCUUUGCUCGAAGACGAAGGCGAAGAUUUUCCGGAAAAUGUCGAGAUCAACGCGAGGGAGGACGUUGCCUGCUUACCAUAUUCGAGCGGGACUACAGGUCCUCCAAAAGGAGUAAUGCUUACUCAUUAUAAUCUGAUUGCAGAGGCUUCGAUAGUAACUCAUGAUAGUUUCAUGUUAAACAACGACGAGCCAGUCGUACUUGGCCUGUUACCAUUUUUCCACAUUUUUGGACAAAUUAUCUCGAUGUCUUGUGCCUUGUUUAAAGGUGGGAAGGUUGUGUGUGUGCCAAAGUUUGAACCAGAGUCCUUCCUCAAGGUCAUUCAAGACUAUAAGGUUUCCCAUGCAGCUGUUGUACCGUCAAUUGUGCUAUUCUUGGCUAAGAGUCCACUUGUCGAGCAAUAUGACUUGUCCAGUUUGAAGGAUUUGACAUCUGGGGCAGCACCUCUUGGAGGCGAAUUAAUGAAUGCGCUGAAGGAGCGUAUUCCAUCAAUGGAAUGGUGCCGGCAAGGUUUCGGCAUGACGGAGUUGAGUCCUACAUCUCACGUGACACCAUUUGAUAAGAUUAAAAAUGGAUCUGCGGGAAUGCUGCUACCAAAUCUUGAGUGCAAGGUUGUUGACAUUGAGAAUGGUGAUGAGCUGGGUCCCAAUAAGGAAGGCGAGAUUUGUGUCAAAGGACCCACUGUUAUGAAAGGGUACCUUAACAAUCCAGAAGCCACCGCGCAGACAAUUGAUGCAGAUGGCUGGUUGCACACGGGGGACAUCGGCUAUUACGAUGGCGAUGAACAUUUCUUUAUUGUCGAUAGACUCAAGGAACUUAUCAAAUUCAAAGGAUUUCAGGUUCCUCCAGCCGAGCUCGAGUCUCUCCUCAUCUCUAAUUCAGCCAUAGAGGAUGCUGCAGUAAUCGGGGUCCCAGAUGAAAGGGCAGGUGAACUUCCAAAAGCCUUCGUCGUAAAGAAGACCAACGAUAGGAUCACUGAAGAACAAAUAAUAAAAUUCAUUGAAGAGCGAGUGGCACCGCAUAAGACAUUAAAAGGCGGUGUGGAAUUCAUCGAUAAAAUACCAAGAAGUUUGAGCGGCAAAAUACUACGAAGAGAGCUUAAGGCGAGAGUUAUGACAAGACUAACUACAGUUACUGAAAAUAAAAACAACGAAGAAGAAAAAAACGUCAUCCGAAGUAAAAAUCCCGAUGUAGAGAUUCCAGACAAUCUGUCUUGGAAUGAAUAUAUUUUUCAAGACUUUGAUGAGUACGCGGACAGGGAAGCCAUCAGAGAUUCCAUAUCUGACCGCUCAUACUCAUAUCGCCAAAUAAAGGAUUUGAGCAGAACAAUUUCAUCUGCUCUAAACAAGCGAGGAUUUAAAAAAGGAGACGUGUUUGCCAUGUUUUUACCAAAUCUGCCCGAGUUUCCCAUAAUUUACUUCGGUGUGCUUAAGGCAGGGGGUGUGGUCACUGCAGCAAAUCCACUCUUCACAACCGAAGAACUUGCCAAACAAUUAAAACUGGCUGAUGCCAAAUGGAUACUUACCGUACCCCAGUUGGUUCAUCGGGCAAAAGAAGCCAUGCAGGAUCUGGGACGAGAGAACGUGUUCGUCAUCGGUGACGUCGACGGAUGUGAGUCGCUUUCAGUCCUCCUCCAAGAUGACGGUUCUAGCGUUCCUGACGUCACAGUAAACCCUAAAGAAGACAUAGCGGUUCUUCCCUUUUCAAGCGGGACCACGGGUCAACCCAAGGGGGUUAUGCUCACUCACUACAAUCUCGUCUCAUGCGGAAGUAUCAUGCGAACAGAAGACUUUCUAAGCUUCAGCGAGACAACCGUUCUUUUAGCAUUUCUUCCGUUUUUUCAUGUCUACGGAAUGGUGGCUAUAAUGUCAAUGGGUCUUCAUUGUGGAAGCACCAUCAUAACUAUGUCACGAUUUGAGCGGGAUAAGUUUUUACACGCACUAGAGAACUAUGAGGUGACCCAUCUUCCCGCGGUACCCCCUGUGGUUUUCUUAUUAGCUAAGCACCCCUCCGUUGAUAACUUUGACUUGUCAUAUCUGACUGAAGUCACAAAUGGAGCCGCUCCCUUGGGCAAACAAGUUUCAAAAGCUCUAAUGGACAGACUUCCGCUCCUCAGCAGCGUGCGACAAGGUUAUGGAAUGACCGAGCUAAGCCCGGUAUGCCACAUGACUCCUGCAGAAAACAACAAACACGGUUCUGUGGGGUGCAUACUGCCAAACUUACGGUGCAAGGUGGUUGACGUGGAGACUGGGGAGGCUCUAGGUCCUGGUCGUGAUGGCGAAAUUUGUGUCCAAGGACCAACAGUCAUGAAAGGAUAUCUCAACAAUCCAGAGGCAACUACACAGACAAUUGAUAAUGAUGGCUGGCUUCACACAGGAGACAUUGGACAUUAUGACGAGGAUGAACAUUUUUUUAUUGUUGACAGAGUUAAGGAGUUAAUAAAAUACAAAGGAUAUCAGGUCCCCCCGGCUGAACUUGAAGCCCUCCUUAUUUCACAUCCUGCCAUAGAGGAUGCAGCAGUCAUUGGAGUUCCGGAUGCAGAGGAAGGCGAGCUGCCAAUGGCCUUUGUGGUGCGUAAAGCUGAUGUCACACUCACUGAAAAGGAUGUCCAUGUAUUUGUUGAUGAAAAUGUAGCAGCUUACAAAAAACUGAGAGGCGGCGUGGAGUUUAUAGAUGAGAUUCCAAAGUCAUUGAGCGGCAAAAUUCUUCGUCGAGAACUGAAAGACAGACUGAAAAAACUGUCCAAAGUCGAGAGCCCUUCGGUUGUUUUCCAGCGAGCAUUGUAUGAUCAUUGGAUAAUGGCGCUUAAAAGCAAGUACGCAGACAUUUUAAUCCCAGAAGAUGUGUCCUGGCCUCAGUUCAUUUACCAGAAUUUUGAUAAGUUUGGCGAAAAGACUGCGCUUGUGGAUGCUCUGUCUGGGCGUUCCUACAGCUACAAACAACUUAAAAACUUGACGCAAAGAUUUAGUUCAGCAUUGGCCAAACGUGGCUUCAAGAAAGGAGACGUCCUGGCCAUGUUCCUCCCAAACGUCAUCGAAUAUCCCAUAAUUUUCUACGGCACUGCUUUUCUGGGUGGCGCAGUCUCGACUGUCAAUCCUUUAUACUCGUCCCAGGAAUUAGCGCGCCAGCUGCGAGUAUCAGAAGCAAAAUACAUUGUUACCAUUCCCCCACUGGCGGAAAAGGCCAAAGACGCUGCCGCUUUGGAAGGAAUUCGUUCUGUAAUUGUUGUCGGUGAGGCGCCAGGAUGCGAGCCGUUGUCGUCCUUUUUCGCUGACGAUGGAACAGCUUUUCCGGAGUUUGUGUCUAUCAAUCCAAAGAAGGAUAUCGUUGUACUGCCAUUUUCGAGUGGAACGACAGGAUUGUCCAAAGGUGUCAUGAUAACACAUCACAAUCUUGUAGCUGGGCUGUCCGUUCUAUUUUCGUGUGAUGUCUUCCCCGCGGAUUCAGCUGUCUUAACUUUACUCCCAUUCUAUCAUAUCUACGCCCUGCUUUGCAUGAUGGGAGGAUGUUUACAACUUGGAUGUAAGGUUGUGGUCAUGAUGCGCUUUGAACCUGACUCAUUCCUGAAAGUUAUGCAAGAUUACAAGAUAACAGACGCCCCACUUGUUCCUCCGCUCAUUCUGUUUUUGGCCAAGCAUCCACUGGUGGAUAAGUUCGACUUGUCAAGCUUGGAGCGUGUGAACUCAGGGGCCGCGCCUCUUGGCAAGGAGCUGGAGACAGCCAUGUUAAAACGGCUUACUCAAGUCAAGAGAAUAAGACAAGGGUACGGUAUGACAGAACUCUGUGGAGCAUCCCAUUGCACUCCAGCUGAAGGUAAAACCAAAUUUGGAUCCGUUGGGCUACUACUGCCAAACCUGCAAUGUAAGGUCAUCAGUCCUGAAACUGGAGAGAUUCUCGGUCCAAACCAGGAUGGAGAAAUCUGUGUGAAGGGUCCCUUGGUUAUGAUGGGAUAUACAAAAAACCCAGAGGCCACUGCAAAGACAAUUGACAGUGAUGGCUGGCUUCACACAGGAGAUAUUGGACAUUAUGAUGAGGAUGAACACUUCUUUAUCGUCGAUAGAAUAAAGGAACUUAUAAAAUACAAGGGAUUUCAGGUUCCGCCGGCCGAACUUGAAGCUUUAUUGAUUUCCCAUCCAAACGUUGACGACGUGGCUGUCAUCGGCGUCCCCGAUCUCGAAGCCGGAGAGCUCCCGAAGGCUUUCGUGGUUCGUCGUGGUUCUGUGACGUCAGAGGAGAUAAUGGAAUUUGUGGCUAAAAGAGUGAUACCACAGAAAAAGCUCAGGGGUGGUGUGGAGUUUAUUGAUCAGAUACCAAAAUCACCUAGUGGAAAGAUACUACGUCGGGUGCUAAGAAAUCGCGAGACAGAACGGCUCAACACAGCAAAGUUAUGAAAGGUUUAACCUUAAAUCUCUUCACACGUGAUAUUUCGUCCAACUGGAAGAAGCUGCUUUGAAUCGUAACUGACGUCACGACGACGUAGUCCUAUAGCAACCUCGUUCCCAGGGUCCUCUCUUUUCCUCCCUGAGGGGAGAAGACCCUGGUAACAAUGUUGGCCAUAUGGAUGUGGAUACUUUUUAGUGUCUCAGAUUGGCUGUUGUUUAGUUAAGUUUUUGAUAUGAUUUUUAUAGAAGUUGCUGGCACCAUAGGAAAAAUUCAGCCAUUCCUAACUGCAAAAAUGCUGGUAUUUGAAAUAAACAAACUGAAAGCCAU